AUGUCAAAUACUCUGAUAGCUGAUGAAUUUUCUGCUGAGCUCGCCGAAGGACUUGCUUAUGUUGCUGGUCAUGAUGAUGAAUCAAGGCCUGUCAUGAUAUUCCGAAUCAAGCAAGAUUACCAUAAAUUCCAUUCUCAAAAACUGUUUACUAGGUUGCUUGUGUUCACUCUAGAAGUGGCUGUUCAAACAAUGGCCAAAAAUGUUGAGCAAUUUGUUCUCCUCUUUGACGCCAAUAGCACAAUCAGCACCAAGUUUGUCGGGAAGCAGACAGAUGGGCUGUCCGAAACUUUUCCAGAAAUUGCCUACACUGCCCUUGAGGUGUCGCGGUCAGACGUACGGAUCUACAGGGGCUUUUUCAGAUCAGCUUCAGCUUUUAUGAACAUGCUGCUGACUACACUGAAGAUCAUAGCUGAUUACUAUCCGGCUCGCCUUCAUAGAGCCUUUGUCAUUGACCCGCCUUCUCUAUUUACUUAUCUUUGGAAGGGAGUGAAGCCGUUUGUCGAGCUCUCGCCUCUGACCUCGAUUGUAUCGUCUCUCGACUACGAAGACUCGCUCGAGUACAACAACAACAACGAUUUCGCACUGUACCCACGAGCCGUCUCGAUGCGCUUCGACUCCACGGCCAAAGUCGGAGGCGGCAGCUGCUCGUCUUCGAGAUUCUCGUUCACGGUGUCAACCCACCACGUCGACUCCCUCAAGCCUUGGUACCUCUCCACAUCAUCAGCAUCCAAUUCCAAGGUGGGCCCCACAAACCCCCCGUCAUCGGCCGCCAUCUCGCCCCACAACGCGCGGUCCCACUCGUUCGCGUCGCCACGUGGCGCGAUUAGAUCGAUCGACCCGGCCAUUCGGAAGAACUUCUUCCCGUCCACACCGAUGCCGCAAAGGACCCAAAAGCUCGACCCGUCGAUGAUCCGACAGUACCCGAGGACUCCCAAGGCAUCGUUUCUUCAAUCGCCGGCGUUGUUUUUCAAGAGAGAUAAUAAUCAUCACUACCACCACCAACAAAGUCGAGUCGACAAAUCUCGAGAGUCGUUUGUCCCGUUCGUCAACUUCUACCGAAGGCUGUACGAUGAGAUGAUCUAUCGGUCGAAGAUGAGGCCGCCACUUGGCGGACUCGUAUCGAUCGUGUCCCCACAAGUCAGGCGCAGACACGUGUCGAUCUCUCAGCGAUUCUGAAUUAUGGGAAAAUUAAGGAGAGUAUAUAAGUGUUUAAUUAUUAUUAACCAAAAUGGUUAUAUUGAGUGGUUAUUGUUUCAUUAUUUUCCUAAUCUAUAACAAUUUCGAAAGAACAAAAGGAGUAUUUAAUGAAUGGUAGACUGAUUUUGUCUCCAAGAUAUGUUGUGUGUGUAAAGAAAUAGACAGCGUGGUAAGUGGGGUGUGAAAUAUCGUGCACAAUGUAUGUCACAUUUAGUGCUAAUAAUAAUUAAGUGGUCUACACUUUGGUAUGUGUAAGAACACAACAUAGAAAUAAGAUAGCGUGGUCGAGACGGUGAACAUCACAACAUUGGAAAUCAUCUUUGUUCCAAAAAACAGAGCUUCUUGCUCGCUACUUGAAUGACUUAAUUCAGCACUAAAAAAUAUUUUGUAUUUUAUUCUAUUAUUGUUGUUUGUGAGGAUCUCUUGAACUUUGGAUUUCGUUUGAAUUUGUC